AUGCGCGCCACCACACUUGUCCGCCAGGCCGCCCGUGCCGGCCCCUCGUCGGCCGCGUCGUCGUCCAAGCCCAAGCCCGCCUCGCACGCCAAGCACGCCCCCUUCCUUCCCAACGGCAAGGCUCCCAUCGGCACCCUCCGCACCCUCGUUGAUCUCCACCACUCGGCUGCGACAUUCAUGCGCGACCCUUCCGAGAUCCCCACAGCGUUUGAGAACGCACACCGCCAGUACCGCACCGAGUUUUUCCAGUUCAACCAGUUCACCGGCCACGCCAUCAAGGUGUCCGAGUCGUACGGCGCCCAUGCCACUGGCGGCGCCAAGAUUGGCCGCAUGGCAGAGCGCAGCCCAGGCAUGCCCGGCGGACGUAGCAUGCUAGGCGAGGAGAAGGCGCCAGCACCCAUGGCUCGCCCCGUUCGCAACGUGUUUGCCGCGCGCACGCUCUCCGGUACCGGUGGCCGCGGCGCCAACGUCGCUGCGCGUGCACGCAGCCACGGUCUCGCCGCUUCUGGUCUGACCGAGCGCGAGCUCCUCGUCAAGGAGGCCAUUCUCGGCACGUGGGAGCGCGGAUCCGACGACGUCACUCGUCCAGGACUCGAGGGUGUGCUUGACGUCGUCGCUGCCAAGGGCGCGACUGUCUCGAGCGCCGCCGCCGAGUGGCGCCAGAGCGAUGUCAUCGACGAGAACACCACCGAGGACGGCAUGUAG